CCCUUAGGGGAAGAGAAAGAGGUCUAAAAGCAAGGCGCCUAUGAGCGCGCGGAGAGAGAAGCACUGACUGAGAAAUAAAUAAGGACAUCCGUGUCAUUUGCGCUCAUAGAGAAGUCGGAUUUUAUUGAACAUUCCUAGUUACAAACCUUUCCGAGUGUGGGACACACAACUUGCCUUCUUUCAGAAAUUUUCUGCCUUUGCUUUCUUGACUCGAUUUAUUUAUUGGUGCUUUUGUGGCUUUAAGCACAAAGUCAUAGGACUGUGCCAGACUAUAUAUACACCUAGUAUAAAAACCACCUGCCAAAGUGAACAACUCGGAUUAAAAAGAAGACCAGGCGACACAUUUGGAGACGUUUUCGCGUUCUGGCAGACUUAUAGGUAUGUCUGUAGAAGAUCAUCCAACUCUGGACCGGUAACCUGGUGUCACUGUUGCUAUGGCAACACAGCUGCUGCCGUUGUUGCCUGCCCUCCUCACUGUCCUCCUCGUUUCCUGGACAGCUGCCCAGGACGUGGAUUGGCAUUUUGACACUGCUAAGUGUCGCUACGCUCUGGGGAUGGAGGACCGCACCAUACCUGACUCCGACAUCACUGCAUCCAGCGCCUGGUCCGACUCAACCGAGGCCAAACACGGCAGGUUGAGUACUGGAGAGGGGGACGGGGCAUGGUGUCCAGCUGGUCCGGUGUUCCCCAGCAGCUCCGAGUACCUGCAGGUGGAUCUGCGCAAGCUUCAUUUCCUGUCUCUGGUGGGCACACAGGGUCGCCACGCAGAUGGGCUCGGGCGGGAGUUUGCACGGAGCUACCGGCUGCGAUACUCUCGAGAUGGACGACACUGGAUGACGUGGAAGGACCGCCGGGGACAGGAGGUGGUGACAGGUAAUGAGAACACAUAUGACGUGGUCCUGAAGGACCUGGGUCCACCCGUCAUAGCUCGCAUGGUGCGCUUCUACCCGCUGGCAGACCGUGUGAUGAGCGUGUGUCUAAGAGUUGAACUGUACGGUUGUGUUUGGAAGGACGGGCUGAAGGCGUACACCGCUCCUAUGGGUCAUGUGAUGGACCUGUCAGGCACUCCUGUCUACCUUAAUGACUCCGUCUAUGAUGGCAGUAAAGAGGCAGGGGUGAUGUUCGGAGGAUUGGGCCAGUUGUGUGAUGGUGUUUUAGGUGGGAAUGAUUUCAUGGAGAGUAAAGAACUGAGAGUGUGGCCGGGAUAUGAUUAUGUGGGCUGGAAUCAAGAAACCUUGGGCCAGCCCACUGUUGACAUUGAGUUUCACUUCGAGAAAACACGGGUCUUUCACACCAUGCAGGUGCACAGUAAUCACAGACACACUCAGCAUGUGCGGGUGUUCAACGAAGUGGUGUGUGAGUUUAAGGCCAGUCUGCUGAGCCCGUGGGCAGAGCCUGCGCUCAGUCUUCAAGUGCCGCUGUCUGACCUACACGACCCGUCAUCCCGCACCAUCUCACUGCCACUCGGAGGACGACCAGCGCAAAUUCUGCGCUGCCGUUUUUCUUUCAGUGACCGCUGGCUCCUCAUCAGCGAGAUAAGCUUCUAUUCGAUGCCUUUUGAGGAUGGAUACUUCCUUCCUCCUCUGCCUUCCUCUAGCAGUCGUCCUGUCAAUGCUACUUCUCCUCACACCCCGAGCCCCACAAACGGAACCAGCAGCCCCUCCGAGUUCCCUGCCGUCACUCUGAGGGCCGGGUUACCUGUAGCCAAAGAUGACAGCAGCAACACGCCCAUCCUGAUUGGCUGCCUGGUUGGAAUUAUCCUGCUCCUAUUGGCUGUCAUAGCUGUCAUACUCUGGAGGCAAUACUGGAAGAAGCUACUUGGCAAGGCACAAGGCAGCCUCUCUAGUGACGAGCUGCGGGUUCAUCUUUCGGUUCCAUCGGACAGCGUGGUGAUCAAUAACACUAACACGCACACAUACUCCAGCCGCUACCAGCGCAUACACACCUUCCCCGAUGACCGGGACCGCGACGGUGAAUACCAGGAGCCCAGCACUGUACUGCGGCCCCGAGAGCAAUGUGACAGCACAGCACUGCUGUUAAACAACCCAGCAUAUCAUCUCCUCUUGUCUGACCUGACACAUGGCCCCAACAGACUGACAAACUGCCACAGCCAGCGAGAAAAGCCCCAAAACCUGUCCCAGGCAUGUGCUGUUGAUAUGGUUGAUAAAGGCCUACCCAUUCAGGAGGGACCGCCCCCUGGCCUGGCUCAUUAUGGAGAAGCAUCGGGAGGCGGGGGAAGUGUUCCUCAUUAUGCGGAAGCUGACAUCAUUAGCCUGCAAGGCGUUAGUGGAAACAAUACAUAUGCAGUUCCCGCCCUCUCAGCCACACCCACUGAUUGUCCGCCACUGCCCGAGUUGCCACGGGAACGACUUGUAUUCAAAGAAAAGCUGGGAGAAGGACAAUUUGGAGAGGUUCAUCUGUGUGAGAUUGAAAACCCCCAAGACCUUGAAAACCUUGAGUUCCCAUUUAAUGUCAGGAAAGGGCGCCCUCUGCUGGUGGCGGUGAAGAUUUUAAGGCCAGAUGCAUCUAAAAAUGCCAGGAAUGAUUUUCUGAAGGAGGUGAAGAUCUUAUCUCGCCUGAAGGAUCCGAACAUAAUCUGCCUGCUGGGUGUGUGUGUAAGCAGCGACCCACUCUGUAUGGUCACAGAGUACAUGGAGAGUGGAGACCUCAAUCAGUAUCUGUCCCAUAGAGUGCUGCUGGACAAGACUGGCCCUUCACAUCAUACACCAACCAUCAGCUACCCAGCUUUGAUCUCCAUGGCGAGUCAGAUCGCAUCAGGAAUGAAGUUCUUGUCGUCUCUGAACUUUGUUCACCGAGACCUGGCCACGAGGAACUGCCUGGUGGGUGGAGAGAGGGGCGAGGGGGAGGACCGCGGCGGGGAGCGUCAGAUAAAGAUAGCUGAUUUUGGCAUGAGCAGGAACCUCUAUGCUGGUGAUUACUACAGGAUACAGGGACGAGCUGUGCUGCCGAUUCGCUGGAUGGCAUGGGAGUGCAUCCUCAUGGGGAAGUUCACCACGGCGAGUGACGUGUGGGCAUUUGGCGUGACUCUGUGGGAGAUGCUAAGUGUGUGUCAGGAGCAGCCGUACAGUCACAUGACCGAUGAACAAGUCAUUGACAACGCAGGGGAGUUUUUCAGAGACCAGGGCAGACAGGCGUACCUGUCUCGCCCGGCUGUGUGCCCACAGGGUUUGUAUGAGCUGAUGCUUAGCUGCUGGAGCAGAGACUGUAAACUACGGCCUUCCUUUGCGUACAUUCACUCCUUCCUCACCGAAGAUGCCAUGAACAUGGUUUAGAAAGUGACAGAGAUGAAAAGCGGAAGAAUGUAAGAAAGUAUGUGUGGACCACAGUCUGGUGGUGUGUUUUUAAGCAGACAUGGCUAAGCACUCUUAUGUAAAUUAGUGUAUUUUUUUGAAAGGUGGGUUGGGGCGAAUAAAAGCCGCAGGUUCGGUGCCCCUUAAUGACCCACUUCUCACUCCCUAUCCUGAGAUCCUGAACUCUUCAAGCAAUAUUUUAUCCUCAAAUCAUAUUUAGACUCUCUGUUCCUGCACUAUCAAUACUUAUGGCAUCACUGUUCCACAGUAUUUAGUUUCACAGAGCACAGAUCUCCCAGAAUGCACCACAGAAUUAGCCGAGUCAUCUUUUCUUUUUCCUAAAUCAUCAUAUUUUCUCUGUGAACCUGAGAAUGAAACGUCUCUGUAAAUGUUUCAGUCUUUUGUGUUCGGUGAGGUCCAGUAAUGAUGACUAAGCGCUGACGAUGGGCUAACAUGAAUAAUAUGAGAUUGAUUUUAGGAUAAAAUGUUGCUUGGUAACUCAACCUUGAAUCCCGGUCCUCUAACCUGUAUCAAAAAUAGGUCACGAAACAUAAUCAUAUGAACUGGUGGAGGGCUUCAUAGCUAGAUGACAGGCAGCACAAAAGCACACGGCUCUACAAACCAACAAUUUAGUCAUCGUUCUCUUCAGGAAACACUUGACACAUAAUCAAUAAUCUAUUAAAACAUACUAUAGCAGAAAUACAGAUGUAUUUUUUCCUACUUGCAUAUUAAGUGAAAAUAGUGAAUAACAUGUUUAACAGUGAAUUCUGCCUAACCUUGCUAGCAUUCGUGUUCAUGUAGAGAAUCUAAGGAUGUCUUUUCUGUGGUGGAGGGUAAAUCAUCAUUAAGAAACGCUCACAGAUCAUUAAAAAUUCAACCCUGCAUGAGACGAGUUCAUCUCAAUGAUAUGAAUUCAUUUUUUGGACCUCUUGGGAGAGCCAUUUAAAGUGUUGAUAACCCUCAAUAAGACGUUUAAAGAGCUUUUGGUGUAUAUUAAAAAUUUUCUAUAAUUAUGUACAUCAAUGCUGAUAUAUGAAACACAGGCUUAUUACAUGAUAUCAAAUUCAGCUAAAACAGAAAAUGGAUAUUUGUGACUCCGCCCCUGUAUGUUUGCACAUAAAUGGUCCCUUAAGGUCUUUUCGCACCAAGGACAAUAAUUACAAUUUACAAUCAUCCACAUUAAUUACUGAAGCUCUAUAAAGCUGGAUGGAUUCUGAUUGGCUGUCAAUGUUUUUAUCAUCCAUCAACUAGAAAAAAAAACGUAUUUAAGGCCCAUUCACACCAAGGACGAUAACAUGAAGCUUUAAUA